AAAAUUGACAGUGUCAAAUGUGUAUUCACUGUUGUCUGUUCGCUAAGUUCGCUCGCCAUAAAUUUUUAGCAUUUUCUUUCUUACUCACUCGUUUUGUCCACCUUAAUUGUAAAUCUUGCAGAAAAGAUUGUAUCCUUUCAUUAUCUUCUAAAUAUUCAAAGCUUUUUUAAUUAUAUCUAUGAAGCAAACAAACUACGUAAACAGUAUCAAAUUGAGUAGCAAUAAUGUUCGGGUACAGCAAAGAAGCAGUUAGAGUGAAAGUCAAGAAAUGUGAAGGUAAACUUCAACCAGAACUAAGGAAGUUUUCAGUAGACCCGCAAAUAACUUCACUGGAAGUAUUGCAAAGUAUUUUGGUAAAAGCAUUUGAUAUCAAGUCUGAUUUCACUCUAUCAUAUAGAAGUGUGGAUGAUUAUGGCCAAGAAAUAUAUUUACCUCUCUUAUCUGACUGGGAUUUGGAUGCAGCUUUUCUCAAGGCUCACAACAUAGCUCUAACUCAAAAAUGUGAACCAUGUGUUCAAUUAAAGGUGGAUAUGAAGCCAUUUGCAGAAGCAUCAGAGGACUGGGAGCCUCCAAAUGUGAAUCCAAGUGUGCCUAUAAUAAACCAGAACUCUUACAGAGACAAUCCUACUGUAGCUCCCCCAGUGCAACAAACUGAAAAACAAGAUGUACAGACGGGCUUUCAAGGGUUAAUCAUGAACCAGGUUGAAAAAACAUUUAACAUGGUAUCAAGAGCACUCAAUCUAUAUGAGGACCCGAACACACCCCCACGUCCGCCACUUUCUGACAUUGAAUUUAGAGCUUUCUUAGAUGCAGUGGGACAAAUAAAUAAUCCAACAAAACUCCGUGAAGUCAUCUACUGCGGUGGAAUAGAUCCUAGUCUCAGAAAAGUCGUUUGGAAACAUAUUUUAAAUGUUUAUCCUGAUGGUAUGACUGGAAAAGAGAGAAUGGAUUAUAUAAAAAAGAAAGCUAAUGAGUAUUACAGUCUUAGAGCUCGCUGGAAAGAUUGUAUUCAAAAAGGAAUGGUAAACGCUGACUUAACUUAUGUAACUGGUAUGGUACGUAAAGAUGUCCUACGCACUGAUAGACAUCACAACUUUUAUGCUGGCAGUGAUGACAAUCAGAAUAUUGCAUCUCUCUUUAAUAUACUGACAACAUAUGCAUUGAACCAUCCGACAGUAAGCUAUUGUCAAGGUAUGUCAGAUCUCGCUUCGCCCCUAUUAGUAACAAUGGGUGAUGAAGCCCAUGCAUACAUCUGUUUAUGUGCUCUUAUGACUCGUUUGUAUCCUAACUUUUUAUUGGAUGGAGAAGCUAUGACUUUAAAGUUCUCACAUUUGACUGAAUCGCUUCAAGUAUAUGACCCUGACUUCUAUAAUUAUUUAAAAUCACAACAAGCGGACGAUUUAUUAUUUUGCUACAGGUGGCUAUUAUUGGAAAUGAAACGCGAAUUUGCUUUUGAUGACGCACUCAGGAUGCUCGAAGUUUUAUGGGCUUCAUUACCACAAAAAACCCCGGCUGUAGAAUUAUCUUUAAAAGAAAGAGAUUUCGAUCCUACCUUAGAAGUUGAUGAUAAUCCCCCGCCAGUCAGUCCGUUAAUCAAAGCUCCGCGAGAAAAUGCAUAUACAAAAGUAUGCGCUAUAAGACGUCAAAGUUCCAGUUUUAGUUUAGCUAAUGUAAAAGCACCAAAACUUGCUACGUGCAAACAAAUGAAUCAUAGCCUCGAUGAAAAUGCAACUCGAAAAAUCCUCACGAACUCUUCACUUAAACAUGCUAAAGAAUUCCAAAGUUUAGAUGACGCUGCUUUAACACAAAAAUCUAAAUUAGAUAAAUAUGAAAACAGUUACGACAAAAAUAAAGAAAAUAUUGUAGCAAAGGACAAUAAGCUACAUUUACGUCAAUACAUGAAAAGCGUGCCUGAAGAUGGAAAAGGUCUAGAAAUACAGGACAUCACCACAAUUGAAUGGUCUAGUAGCGGAAAUUUAACGAAUGGCAUACCACAUGCUGAUAUAAAAGGUACACCAUUGGGGAGUCAAAUCAGACUAUUACGAGAUAAAAUAUCUGUUCAUAAUAAUAAAUUUUCUUCUUCAUUAGAUAAAUUAGAUGACUCUACUGAUACAACUAAUCGUCCAAAAGUAAAAAUGAUAAAAAACUUAAAUGAGUUCCUUAACUUUGCUACUGGAAGCAAACCUAGUAUAAACAAACAAGAAAAAUUAUAUAGAACACAUUCCAAUUUAGAAAAUGAUUCAUUGAAGUAUCCCAAAAUCACAUUAACAAAAACCUCUUUUGACGAAAAUGAUUUAUCAGAAACUUUAAAAGAUUCUAAACCAAAUAAGUUAAAUAAAAGCAUAUAUUGUGAAACAAACGAUGGUAGCAGCCCUGAUGAUUCACAGGAAUACUAUCCUAUGACUACAUCGAUGACAAGAGAAUUAAGACUUGAGUUAGAACACUUAGAUCGUCAAGUAUUUGGCCCUUCUUAUGUUAACCGAUGCAGUAUGAUAUGCGAUUCCCCUUCGGAUUCAACUAGCUCAGAUGAGAAACAAACUAAUGAUUGUACAGAAAUCAAACAAGGUAGAAUAACAACCGAUACUUUAGACACGAGUACUGAAGCUACUGAGUUAAUAGAAUCAACAAAAAAGUCUCCCUUACUUGAAACAUUAAAAUCCAAUGCGAGAAGUGCCGAAGAUAUUUAUUUGUGGGAGAAUCCUUUGCAUAGGAACACCCCAACAACACGUACAACAGCAAGUUGUCCACAAACUCCUGACGAACAAGCAGAUCUAGAAUUUGAUGGUGAUACUGGUGAAAUAUUUGAAGAGCACUCUGGAAAAAAAUCCAUAACACCAAUUCGAUUACUAAGAAAAAAUCAAUCUCUGGAACCCCAAGAUUUAUGUAAAGAUACUAAACAUUCCAAUGCUCAUUCCAGUGAAUCUGAUUCAUCUGAUAAAACACUACCAGAUACAUCUAAUAAAGAAUGUUGUAAGGUUCAGCAAGGAACUACCAGUUCUUCAAGAUCGCAUAAGUUCUUUUCAAGUAUGUCUCAAGAACUCGAAAAUGCAAAAAGAAAUUGUGAAUCUCUUCUGAAUGCUAAACAAUCAAAUUUACAAAGUGUUGCAUCAACUAUUAAUAAUUUUCAAAAGAAAUAUGAAGCCCUAAAACCGCCUAUACAAAAAAAUGUUACUGUGAAUACCAGCAACAACGACAAUAUACCCAAAUUUACAAUUAGCAAUCUUCCUCCUCCUUCUGUAUUUGGAGGAGGAAAUCCUUUCCUAAUGUUUCUUUGUUUAACUGUCUUGUUACAGCAUAGGGAUUAUAUUAUGAGAAAUCGUAUGGAUUAUAAUGAAUUAGCAAUGCAUUUUGACAAAAUGGUUCGAAAACAUAAUGUAAACAGGGUACUAAAUCAAGCGCGCCAGAUGUUUGCUAUUUACAUGAAACAACAAGCUCAUAAGACUGGUGACGUGACUACUUGAGUUACUAAUUAGUUUUAUAAGAUAUUAAGAUCUCUUGUAAUGAUUUUAUUGCUCAUGAAACUCUAUUUUAAUAGUUAAUUAAUUUUGAAUUAUAAUACUGGUAGAAUAAGUGCAUCAUCUCUCCAUCACAAAGUCAUCUUCAUAACUGAGAAAACAUGUCGAAGUAUUAUUUGUUCACAAAUUUUAAGUACGUAAUUUUGCUAUUAAAUAUCUAUUAGAUGUAUUACUUAUGUUUACACUACUCAUAGUGUAAUCAUUAGAGGGUCCAUUGUCCCAAAUAUUAAAACAAGUUUUACCUUAUUCCAAAGAUCUAUAUUAUGUAACUUAUUUGUGAUAUUUUUUAUAGUUACUAGAUUUAUUUUUGUAAUAAUUGUAAUUUAUAAUUUCUAGUUAUUAAUUUAAACCUAAAAUAAUUUAGCACAC